GUAAAAAUGCUUUUCAAAAAAGCACUCCUUCUUCAAAAUUGUUACACAGUGUUAUACAUUGUUAUACAUGAGUUUUGUUGUUUGUUUUUUGCGCCACCAACAGUCUUGGUAGCCAGACUGGAGAGGGAUCAAGGUCGUUUUAAUGUUAGCGCUGAGUGCUGACUCCGCCAUCCCGGAUUUUCGGUGUACGCCGGAUAACGAGACUCUAGCGAGUAAUAGAAACAUGCAGUAGACACCAAUUUGUUUUGAUUAGCUUUGAUCAAUAACGUGUUUAUCACAGAGUUUAACGGCGACGAAUUUUUACACAGCAAUUGUGCAUUUUUUUCCUGGAAAUCAGCGAACAAGCGCAGUUUUAUCGUAAAUUAAUCUAGAUAGAAAACAGCCUAACUACAAGUCCCAUAAUGUACCUGUUCGUUUCCUUGGAGAUGAUUUGUUGUCUCCUGGACAGGUGAGUACAUCUAUUGCAGGUGUGAAUAUGUAUGGAGCCCCAGUGGAUUUAUCUUUUAAAUACAUCAGCAGCUUGGCAGACACACAUUUAGAGGAACCCAGCAGUGGUCUGCGGCCUUUAAAGAGAAAUUCACAGAAGAAGUACCUAAGCCGCUCCCUGCGUCUCAAUAACAACAACAUUACUGACCUUCAUGACCUCCAGAGGACCAUUAGCCACUUCCUGGCUGAGCCAUCGCAGCUCGCCUGGCUGGACCUUUCCUUCAACAAUAUCACAAAUAUAGAACAAGUUUUGUGUGAGCUGCGUGAACUGCGUGUGUUGUAUCUUCAUGGCAACAGCAUUUUUAUUCUGUCGGAGGUGGACAAGCUGGGCGUUCUUCCACAUCUACACACCAUCACUCUGCAUGGAAAUGUCAUAGAGACCAACAAGGCUUACAGGAAUCGUGUGAUUUCUGCUUUACCUGGGUUAAAGAUGAUGGACUUCAGUGCUGUGACGCGCCAGGAGCGAAUAAUGGCAAAGAUUUGGCAUCACGGCAACAAUCGACGCAGAAGCAGCAAGGAGACUCUCCGCUGACUGCUGGCUCACGUAAACUCCAUUGUGGUGUGUUGAAGUCAUGGUUGAACCAGUAUGUUGUGUGCUUUACGUUCACUGCUGGAAAAUAUCUAAAAUAUUUAAUGCACUGGUUGUUUGUAUAUUUUGGGUGGAAUCAGCAGUGGUUUUCAUGUUUUAUUUUGUGAAUUUUGAUCUGCUAAAAUCAACCCUGUCUCUUAUUAGGUAGUCCCGAAAGAAGUCACCAUGCUUUGGCCCUCUAAUUUGGUUUUAAUAAUAUUUUGAUAUGAUGAAAUGAUGGGGAGGCAAAUGUUACUGAUUGACAUAGAAUGAUCUGAAGAUGCUGGCUUUGAGAUACUGUAAAUGUGUGUAAAUUCCCUGAUAUUGCUGGAAA